UACACCUCAACCCACCAGUCCUUCGCGCUCGACCAACUUCCCACCAGCUUCGCCAAUCAAUCCUUUCCUUCGACAACAAUCCUCACAUACACCAUGGCUCAGACAUUGACCCCCGAAGUUCUCUGGGCCCAGCGCUCUUCUGUGGCUGAUGCCUCCAAGAACUUCGUCUACCUCACCAUUUCCGUUCCCGAUGUCGCCAAGGAGGACCUGCAGCUGGACGUGCAGCCUUCCAAGGUGACCUUUACUGGAAAAUCAGCCACCCUCAAGAACACCUACCAUGUUGAGCUGGAGCUGUUUGCCGAGAUCGACCCCGCCGAGAGCAAGAUCAACCACACUGCCAAGAACGUCGAGAUGAAGCUGCAGAAGAAGGAGCUCAAGGAGGAGUACUGGCCCCGGUUGCUCAAGGAAAACAAGAAGCUGCACUUCCUCAAGACCGACUUCGACAAGUGGGUUGAUGAGGAUGAGCAGAACGAGGCUGCGGAUGACGACAUGUCCAAGUUCGGUGACAUGGGUGGCAUGCCCGGAAUGGGUGGCGACUUCGGCGGUAUCGAUUUCUCAAAGCUGGGAGGCGGCGCGGGCGGCAUGCCCGACAUGAGCGCCAUGGGCCUGGAGGGCAUGCCAGACCUCAGCAGCUCUGGAGUCCCGGACUCUGACUCCGACGACGAGGACGAGGAUAUCCCCGACCUUGAGGGUGAGGAGAAGAAGGAGGGCGAGGCUGCACCAAAGGCGUAAAGAAACUAGUUUCGUUGGAUGACAAGAUACUGCACAUGGAGAUGGAAUCUUGGCGAGUGCCUCAUUGUUUUAACGGGACCCCGACGGCAAGUACUUAGGAGUACGGAUUCUUCAAUUUAAAGAAAAAGAUUUUCAAGUUAUAUUAAAAAAGCGUCUUUAAUUCCGAGUAUUUGCUUAUUGUUCAAUUCUCUGCGUGUAUGUGUGCUUCGGAGGCUAUCGAGUUUCAAACAAGCAGGUAGACCUAGUGUGGUAUGGCUAUUUCAAGCGAAAGACAUUUCACUAGACGCACCCAACUCUCAAUUUCAAUGUCGC